AUGGCGAAACGACUGCGCUGCGAGUGGUUUAAUGACUACGAGAAGACCGCCUCCAAGCCGCCGAUGGUGAUUGCCGAUCUCGAUGUUAUCCAGCUCGAUUUUCGAGGUGACAACGUUGACUGUUGGAUGGAGAUUCAGCAUGGCAAGGGUCCUUGGGCGCCACCGGUAAGUGGUAUUGUACCACUUGGAUCCACCUUGACCCUUGUGGUGGCCAUCAACGAUUAUAGAGGCGAGUUCGACAUGCGUGUAAAGUCCUGCGUGGCCUCCGAUGGAUCUGGCCAUGUGAUCAACCUGUCGGAUGAAUUUGGCUGCGUGCUGCGACCCAAGAUGAUCUCACGCUUCCUGAAGGCCCGUGCUCCCGACGAGAGGGCCACCGUGAUCACCUACGCCUUCUUCCACGCCUUCAAGUUUCCCGACGCGCUGAGUGUGCACAUCAAGUGCAAGGUGGAGAUCUGUCGCCAUGGCUGCCUCGAUCACUGCCAGAAUACGGGCGUGGGCGGAGUAGGAGGUGGUGGUGGAGGCGCAUCCGGAGAGUCGCUGGGACUGGGCCUCGGACUUGGUCUGACCAAUGCCAACGAGCGCAAGGAUGUGCACAUGUCGGAUGCGAUGGGUAGCAGCAGCAACGAUCUGCUCAGAGAUCUGGCCCUGCCACCAGGCGGUGGACAGCAUGGCAUGGGCAUGGGUAUGGGCAUGGGUCCGGAUCACGACAUCUUCUACGAGGACAUCAUCCACGAUCACAAGCAGACGCUCAACGGUGGCGGCGGCGGCGGCGGAGGAUCUUCAAAUGGCGGUGACUAUGGCCACGAGAAGAGCGUGCACCUCAAGCCGCGGCCAGUGCACGAAGAGCAGGAGGAGGCCGAUCUCUCCGAUCUGUUUGGCGACGAGGACCUGGCCGAUUUGGACAUGGAGGGCGGCGAGGGCGAGCGGUACUUGGGCCUGAAGAAGAGUGGCAAAUUCCCACAUGGUCCGCGGCAAUUGGAGGCCCAAAAGCGCAUGGGUGUGCCGAUGGCGGGUCCCCGCUCCCUGGAGCCCCGGACGGACCAGGAUGAGGAUGUGCCGCGACCCGUGUACAGGCCACAGGCGGAGGCUUUGAAGAAGCCACGCGAAGAUCACAUCGAUUUCGACAAGGAAGAGGAGACGGAGAAGGAUCACGAAAAGGCUGAGGAGCAGGGGAAAAAGGAAGAGGAGAAGCAGGUUGGAAAAGGAGAUGAAGAAGGUAGCACCUCGAAGAGCCGUCGCCGUAGAUCCCUGGUCAUAUCCGAUCGCAAGGUACGCAGUGCCGACGUGGGCGUCAGCGGUCUAUACGAUGUCAUAUCCGAGGCCGAUCUGGCCUUCUCGCCGGACUCCAAGCAGGAGGCGGUCACCGUCUUCCAGGGCAAGAUCAGCGAGGAGGUGGUCUAUGGCAUUUGCAUGCCGGUGCCCGGCUUCAGCAUCCUCUUCAUCGUUGUUAUCUCGGCGACAAUUGUGUCCGCCCUGGUGGCCGGCUCCCUGCUCUAUCGCUAUCAGCUGCAAAAGGAGGCGCUGGACAAGCAGACGCCGAUGCCGGUGACCGGGACAUUGGCCUCCUGGAUGACCCUGCGACUCUUUCGCCUGCGACACAUGCAACAGCAGCAGCAGCAGCAACAGCAGCAACAGCAGCAAGUGAGGCAGCCGACUUCAGGACACGAAACGGUUCAGUGAUCAGUAAUCAGCGAUCAGUAAUUAUGAUCAAAAUCAAGCAGCGAAAUCGGAAUCGACAUCGAAAUGGACAUCGAAAUCAAAAUCGAAAUGGAAAUCAAAAUCAAAUCACGUUGCCCACGUCUAUAUGCCUUCCAUUAUUAUUUAUUUAUUACGAUUAUUAUUAUUUUUUUUUUUUUUUGUAAUCGGGUUGUUUGUUCAGGAUCCAGACAAAGAGAUAUGGCGCAGAUAUCAGAUAUCAGAGAUCAGAGAUCGGGCAACAAUGCAAUACUCGAACUGCUCGAUUCGGUGCUGAACGUUCUACAAUUUUUUUUUUGUGUUUUGUUUUUUGGGUGCAUUUAGUCGUAAAAUUGCAUAGAGAAAAUAAUAGAAAAGGUAAAAGGAAAAGGAAAAGUAAAAGUAAAAGUAAAAGUAAUCAAAGAGAGAGAUACACAAAUACAAUGAAGACUCCGGACAGGUGCUCCAGAUUUAAGGAGUUUGGAUGUCAUAUCGCAUCCGCUAGGCGUAAGGGAACUUAUUUAUUUAUAUUUAUAUUUAUAUAUAUCUAUUAACUAUACGUACGAGAUUUAGCUGUAAGCCGAGCGGUAUGGAAAUUUUAAAUGUAAUGUUUUUUUCGGCACUUGUUUUGUUUUUUUUUUCUGUGUUCUUUUCGGCAUCCAAAACUUAUUUAGGGACAAAUUUAGUUAAAUUCUAUAGCUUAUUGAAUCGUUUAGAAAAUUGUCAUACUCACACAUCCAAACACAGACUUACUCACGCACACAUUAAAACUGACAACCAUUUUCCAUUAAAAAAAUCAAGAAAAGAAAAUGCAAUUUCUUGCAUGCAUAUUACAAUUUAAGUGCAAAUUUUGUAACUGAAAAAUUGACA